GUCCACAGCCCGGGCUUGGCAGGGAGCCAUGGUGGAGGCCAGAGUCGCGCGGAGAGGCGGCCUGUGACCGAAGCGCAUCUGGGAGAAUGGGCGAGCCGAUGGGCGCCAGCUAAGGCGACUCCCUCGAGGCGCUCGCGGCGGAUCCCGCGCUGGCUCGGUCGACGGCAGCCUCAACACCGAGCGAGUCACCGGCCAUGCGGAGCGUUGGGGACGCGCAGCCCGGCGCUGGCCUCGGCACCGGUCGCGUCCUGCCGCGCUGAGGGCGGAGAGGGCGCGGGAGCGCACCGCCAUGGCCAGGGAGGAAAGCAAGGCGCUGCUGGACGCGUUCAACAAGACGACCGCGUGCUACCACCACUUGGUGCUGACCGUCGGCGGCUCGGCCGACUCGCAAAACCUUCGGGAGGAGCUGCAGAAGACGCGCCAAAGGGCGCUGGAGUUGGCUGUGACCACCGGCGCCCGGCUGACGGUCGCGCUGCGCGACAAGGGUCUGACCACCGAGGAGCGCGCCGAGUUCGAGCGCCUUUGGGUGGCCUUUUCCGGCUGCUUGGAUCUGCUGGAAGCCGACAUGCAGCGCGCAUUGGCGCUGGGCGCCGCGUUCCCGCUGCACGCGCCCCGGCGGCCCCUAGUGCGCACCGGGGUGGCGGGCAGCUGCUCGGGCGUGGCGGCCCGCGCCCUGAGCGCUCGCAGUCUGCGGCACGAGGCGGAGCGUGAUUUCGACCGCGCGGAUCUGCAGGAGUUGGAGCAAGAGGUCCUUCAGGUGGGCAAGAUGAUCAACGAAAUGGAAAUGAAGGUCAACGUGCCCCGCUGGACAGUGCAGGCCCGGCAGACGGCUGGCGCCGAACUCCUGUCCAGUGCCAGCGCCGGCGCCUCUUCAGCCGUGUCUGUGCCAGAGCGCACAGGGCCCUGCGACCUCAGCAAGGCCCUGGCUGCCACGGUUUUCAGCGCGGUGCUGCUGGCGGCUGUGGCUCUAGCCUUGUGCGUGGCAAAGCUGAGCUGACCACACCUGCUGAUCCCUCACCGCCACUGCUCCCUCCGCAGAAACAAGGCUCGGGAUGGGCUCGAGUUGUGAGCUGUCAGGGGAGCAACGCUAAACAGUGUGUGUUGUAGGUACCCGCUAAUUUCAUGCACACCUGCCUGGGUACGGCAGCGCUUUUCUCUUACUGGUCCGGGAAGAGUUAACUUUCCCUGGCCCAUCAGGGCAUUACAGCUAAUGUCUGCCGGAGCUUUAUUCCCUAUUAAUAGAAAAUGGCCCACAGUGACCCCAGAUUUCGUCGUGUUAUUAGGGCAUCGUUACAAGGAGUCCAAAUUUGUUGUCCCCAACCCUGCCAAUGUCCCUCGCUGUCUAUCUUCAUGUGAGGUUUGGAAGUGGGUGAGAUGGGAGGAAACCUGGAGGGCAACAUGGCUUUGCUCUGUGUAGGUAGUUGGUUUCCCCACACACACACAAGAAACAAAUUUCAGUAAGAUAUAAGCAGUUUUUAUUACUUUAAUCCUGUGGAGCCUACGCUUAGGAGAGUGUGCAAAUACAAGUUCAUAUAAUGUGUUUUCCAUGUGAUGCACUGUGGUGCUUCUUAGCCGAGUUUAUCCACUAGUCACCAAAAGCAGCUACAGAGAGGUUUGGGGUUGGGACCUCCCACUGCUGUGUAGGGUCUGACCCUAUUUAGGAAACCAGAGAAGGUGGUUGAACCCCUGUAGCAGAAUUCUAUCCCCAGCACACUCUUGGCCUGUGGAAAAGGGCCCUCUUAGCCAGCCCAGGAUGGGGAAAAGAAGGGUCAAGAGGCUUUGCAGAGAGCCACAUGCUGUGGGAACAGGCACUUUCCCCUUCCGCAGGGGCUUGUUUUCAUUCCACAACUAGAUCAAAGUGUUUGAUCCUCCUUUGAGGGAGGGCUGGGGAAUCCUCUUUAGGGUACUUAAUCCUAUCUAUCCCCAGAAUUUGAUUGCUGACCAAUAGGAGAGCUGGCUUUGGAGGGAGCUGCACAGCUCCCUGACCCCUACCCUGCCCAAAGAGGGUAAUGUGGCAUUACUGGCCUACAGAGGUUUUCGGCCAACCAGCUCUUAGACUGGGUAAGAAUUUGUAAGUUUUAACUUGGAAUUUAAGAACCUGUUUUAGAAAAUGAUAAUUUUCUGAAAGAAAAAAAAAUCACAUUACUGUCAAAGCCAUUUAAAAAAAAAGGACAUUGGGUCACAGAUUUAUAUAUGCCAUUGAGCCAAACAUAGAACUCAGGUUACUAAAUAUACAUUGGCAUCUAUUUUAAAAUUCUAUAUUCUUAAGUAUAGAUUGAAUUUUAAGGUUGUAGCAUAACUACCGGUGUGGAUGACAGAAGUGGCCCUGAUCAAUGACUAAUGUGGAAGACACUGGAUCCCAUUUACCUAAGCAGUACUGCCACCUCCCACCUGGGGUCCAGAGAGGGCUCUGCCACAUUCCUGGGGAAGUGAGGCUGAGAAAUAAACUUUCUAAAGGGAAUUCAGAACAAAAGAGACCUAGAUUUGGCUGAGUUUUUGAGGAAGGGCCUUUUUAUUCUUUUUUUACCCCAGAAGUGGGGAAGGGCCUAAGUAGAGGGAAUUGGUAAUCUUUCACCAGGGCACCUUGGAAAGUGGAGGGCCAGAAGUAAAUAGUGUAAGGUUGCUGUCCGAAUACCCAGUCCUAAAGGCCACUUGCUUUGCCCAAUCCCACUCCUCUUCAGCAUACAGACUGCAGAGUUUCAAACAGGAAAACUUGGGAUCUGUUUGCAUGUGUCUGGGAUCAUACUUUUUCAAAGCCCACAAAAAUGGGGCUUGGGUGUGGCUCUGUGGUAAGGUGCUUGCUUACUCUACCCAAGGCCCUAGGUUCUAUCCCUCUUCACUGUAAAAAGGUAAAUAAGGUCUACAAGAUCUUAAGCCGAUCAAACCAAGAUUGUCUCAAAGAAUACCAAAGGCGGGAAAGUAGCUCUGAGGGUUCAAUCCCCUGUGCCACAAAAAAAGAGAAAAAGAAGAAGAAGGAAGAGGAGGAGGAGGAGGAAGAGGAGGAGGAGGAGGAGAAAACGACUACGACGACAAUGACCAAUGACAAAAGAACUUUGUGUAACAGUUACCAAUGAAACAAGCUUCUUCUGUUUCACCUAGUCUAGGUGAGUCUACAUAAGGGCCACACUCAAUUUUCUUGCACUUGCCUGCCCAAGAUGUCUUUGGAGAUGAUACAGAAAGACUUUGAACUCCACCUCCCGCACAUGACACGGAGUCUCUGAUACUUUCUCCAAAGUCUUUUGGCUCACAGGCAGGAGAAGAAUGGGGUAUUUGAUGGCGCUGUGUUGGAAAAUAUCCUAAAAAGCAAGCCCCAAAUGUACUUCUAACAUUACUGUUUCUAAAAUUUCAAGCUUCUCUUCUUUUGAGGGUAUUUUGAUUUGUGAAAAGGAAAUGUUCAGCACAGACUAUUAAAAAAAAAAAAACCCUCAGAUGGAUAAUCCACUGAAAGCAAACAGGACAAACAUGUUUUUUUUUUUAUUGUUCUCUCUGGCCACUUGGUAGUUCUAGAGUUUUUAAUUCUAUAUGCAAUCAGAUGUGUAUCUGAUUCUGAGACUUCUCUGCCUAUGGAAAUUAGUAAUAAAAUGUUGCAAAAAUAAAAAGCUAAUUACAGUAAAUAUACUUACCUGUAUAUUAGGACCUAUUAACCAACACAAUUCUGAGUUUGAAAAUUUUAAGCAUCAGGAAUAUUUGAUAUUCUUUGAAGUUAUCAUCUAAUAAAACUUCUAUAUGACACAAGCAAAAUCACUUUCUGCCUUGUACCAUAGGCUGCUAACUCAUUCUUGCUUUUGCUUCUAUAUAUAAUGCAAGAGAUUGCUUUCUGAUAGUAGCCUGAUUCAAUUUAGAUGUUUGGUAGGGAAGUGAUUGAUUUCUGUAAAUAUUUGAUAUGAUCUUAUCCUGUGAAACAAGCGAUAAUAAAAUAUUUUAAAUGCAUUAGUUGACAUUAAAAAGAAGUUGGAAUGGCAAGGCACUUAUGAUAAUAUUUGUAGGAGAAAAAUACUUGGCUAUUUUUAUGUGUUCUAAAAACCUAUGCUUUUAAAUGACACAAGGGAAAAACAUUUUUGCUAAGUAAAAAGUUAGAGCACAAACUUCAUGAUUUGCCUACAGUUUACAGUAAGCUAUGUAAAAGGUGUGUAGUAUUUAAUGACUAGAAGAAGAUACAUGAUGCUGAAUGGCUAUAAAGUAGCUCUGAUUGCAGAGACCUCAGUUUGCAUG